UCCCCAACUUUUUUAAACACAAUCAUCACAAAUUUCAUCAGAUAAGCAAAGAACAGAGAGACAGAUUAAGAUACCACACGUGGGAAUCAACUUACCAUUUGCAAUGGCGUCGAUGACCAUGACAUCUUCAUUUCUCCCGGCCGUCUCAAAACUUCCCACAGCCAUCACCGGCAGCAACAGACGAAGCCUCACGGUGGUCAAAGCGUCCACGAGCGAGAACACCACCAGCUUGGAGAACAGGAAGCAAGAACAGAGCAUGAAGAUGAGGAGGGACAUGGUUUUCACGGCUGCAGCUGCGGCUGUCUGCUCCUUAGCCAAGGCGGCAAUGGCCGACGAAGAGCCCAAGAGAGGAACAGAAGCAGCCAAGAAGAAGUAUGCUCCUGUUUGUGUCACAAUGCCUACGGCCAAGAUAUGCCGUAACUGAGUUCACUAGUCAACCAACAAAAACUAUAUAUCCACCCCCAUGUGUCUCUCUUUUGUGUGUAAAUUUUUCUCAGUUGGUAUGUAAUGAUCAUAUUUGAUAAAAUCUACAAAAACCCUUUGCUAAUGUUCUCGAA